GAGCCUCCGCUCGAGCCCCACAGAGCAGUAAUGUCUCAGACCGUCCCGAGCGCGUGCGGGAUGCUGUGCUACUGGGGGGAGGAGGUUCGGGCGGGGUUCGGGCUGCUGAAGCCUGAUGGGGUGCAGAGAUCAGACUGGGGGGUUUCCUGCUGCUCCCCAAAGACCCGGAUCACACAGAUCACCCCCGGGGGGAGGCUGCUGGGCUUCGUGCGGGGAGAGGGGAGCGUGUCCUUCAUCAGAGCGCCACCUACUGGGGGGCUGCAGGGCGGCAGGCUGAAAAAACUGGAGCUGAAGGACAAGAUAAGAUCGAUGAGCUGCGGAGAGAAUGAUGCUGUUCUUCUGACCAAUGAAGGAAAAGUUUUUCAGCUGAACAAAUAUAAUAUAUGCAGUCCCAUCAAAUACCUGGCUGAUAGAACUGUAAUACAGAUUGCAUGUGGAGACCAGCAUUGCAUGGCACUAACUGAUGAUGGUCAGCUGUUCACGUGGGGUCAGAACUCCAGUGGUCAGCUGGGUUUGGGGAAAAAAGAUGAGUCCAGCUCUCAGUCUCCUCAGCCUCUCAAAUCAAUGACUGGGAUCCCGUUGGCUCAGAUCAGCGCAGGUGGAGACCACAGCUUCGCCCUGUCUCUUUCUGGAGUCGUGUUCGGCUGGGGCAGGAACAACACUGGACAGCUGGGCCUGGGGGACAGAGAAGAUAGGUAUGUUCCUGUCUGUGUGAAAAGCCUAAACCGGAAGAAGACAGUGCUCAUCUCAUGUGGAGAGGACCAUACUGCUGUUCUAACAAAGGAUGGACUGGUGUUCACAUUCGGGUCGGGAUGUUACGGGCAGCUCGGACAUAACUCAUUCAGUGAUGAGCUUCGACCUCGGCUACUCGGCGGACUCUGGGGGUCAGAAGUGUCCCAAAUAGCCUGUGGACGACAUCACACUCUAACCCUGGUGGGAUCAUCUAAAACGAUCUACUCAUUUGGGUGUGGAGAGCAGGGGCAGCUGGGAAAUGGACAACACACCAAUCAGUGUGUUCCACUCCCUGUACAACUGUUACAUUCAGAAAGCUGCCUGGAUCAGACAGUGGAGAGAAUCAUUGCUGGAGGAAACCUUUCUGUUGCCUUUUGCGCCAAACAGAAUGGGGAGGUUGCCACUGCAGAUUCAUCACCCAGAUCUUCUAAAGGAAUUUCAGUACUGGAUGAUGAACUUAUUGAGAACUGGAUUGUGAACUGUGAAAAAGCAAAAACAUGGCACAAGGUAAAGAGGAAAAUCAAGAUGUUAUUCUCAUCAGCAUCGUCAAUAAGUGCCAGCUUCGUUGACAAAUGCAAGGAUAAACAUUACAAAACAUCCGAAGGUCAUUCUGGUCUGGAUUUGUCUUUGGCUCGCUGUGCUUUUGAGAAGCUGGCUAAACAGCAGAAGAUUCUACUUGAGGUGGAAAGCGUAGUGGAGCGGGAUCUACUUCCCUCUCUGAAGAACACCACUGCUGCAGGUGUAGAAGCUCUGAGAGUUUACCUCAUCCUGCCUGAACUCCUCAGAGUGCUCAGAAAAAUCCAGCGUGGCACACAGCUCACCAUAGAUCUGGCCAAUUCCAUUUUAAAACUGGAUCAGGAGUCACUGAAUUUACUGACAAACCUGUGGACCAGAAUGCCCUAUUACUACUACAGAACAGCGGUGAGGAUGUUUCACUCUGUGGCUGCACACUUCAUAUCCCAGAUGAUGACUGACAUAAGCUGCUGGGAUGCAUUAAAGCCUACACUGCAUGUUCUGCAGAAGCUGUAUGAGGUUAACAGUCAGAGAGUCACACGUCUGACUGAAGGAUUUUUCUAUAUAAAGGAGAUCAACAUCUUUUUUGCUUGGCUAAAUUCUAUUCAGAGUUACUGGGACCUUCUAGAAUAUGAAAAUUUCCUGGAGACAAUGGAAAAUAUCGACAUUUUUGUCUCUUUCCCUUCUGCCCUUGAUCUAAAGAGUAAAUGCUGGCUUUUCAUGGAACUGCAGAACAGAGAGCAGCUAGGGAUGUUUGGGUGUAGAAAUGUUCUCUGUGUGAACAGGGAGACCGUCCUGGCAGACACUCUCACCUACCUGAAAACAGAAGAGCAUGAUUUUUGUUUCACGCUACAGGUGAAGUUUGUUCUGGAGGAUGGGCACGAUGAUGGAGGUUUGUGUAAAGAAUACUUCAGACUGAUUGGUCAGGAUCUAGCAAAAUCCUCCGGCCUGAUUCAAUCAAAUGAAGAUUCAAAGCUCUUCUGGUUCUCUGCAGAUACGUCUGGUACUACAGAUGGGUUUUACUACCUGGGCAUAAUCUGCGGAAUGGCCUUUUAUAAUCAGGUCCAUUUAAACAUUGGAUUUCCAUUAGCACUCUUCAAGAAGCUUCUGCACUUGAAUCCAACUCUCAGGGACCUGGAGGAGCUGUCCCCUGUGGAGGCCAGAAACCUGAAAAAUCUGCUGACAGAAGAUGAGGACGUUGUGGAAAAAUUCUACUUGGAUUUCACAUUGCAUGGAAAAGAGCUCAUUCCCAACGGACAGGAAGUCCUGGUCACCAAAGUCAACAGGCAGAAAUAUGUGGACUUGUACGUUGACUAUUUUUUCAACAAGUCUGUGGAGUAUCAGUUCACAGAAUUUGCGAAAGGUUUUUCUGAGGGCGUCCACGUCGAGUUCUGGACGAUGUUUCUGCCUGAAGAGCUCAGGCUUCGUCUCUACGGCACGUGCGAAUACAAGUGGGAGGAGCUUCAGAAGAUCACUACUUAUGAAGGCUGUGGACCCCUAGACGACCUCAUCCAGAAUUUCUGGACUGUUUUUCUGGAGCUCUCUGAAGAACACCAGAAGAAGUUUCUGGUUUUCAUGUACGGGUCAGACUGGCUGCCGGUUGGAGGACUCUCUCAGUUGAGGCUGAACAUCAGGAAACGUGUUUAUGAAAAUGCAGAUGAGCGUUUCCCAGCGGCACAGACCUGUUUCGGCAACCUGGAGCUUCCAAACUACAGCGACAUCGAUGUCCUCCGAGCCAGACUGGUUCAUGCUAUCACCUGCUGUGAGACUUUUGGGGUGGCUUGAUUCAUCUGCUUAAGUUUUUAUUGGAGAUAAGAGAGGUUUUAGUGUUACAGAUUACAGAGGUCUCAGCAGAUGACUGUGUAAAUAACUCAACUCAGACAUCAUCAAGUAUAUGUCUAUAUAUUUGUAUAAGGGUCAUAAAAUGCCUUUUUUGUAAAGCAUACUUAUUUCUGAAAAAGUUGUAAAAUCGAAUAUUUAUGAAAAUGUAGCAGGUCAAUAACUUAGUUCAUUGUUUUACUUUUUUUUUUUUUACAUUUUUCUCUCAGCUGCCCUAUUUAUGUUUUCUAUGCUGUGAAAUUAAAGGGAACAAAACUUAUACAAAUAUAAUUAAAGUGAGAUGUAUCUUCUUUGUC